GACUCAGUUCAACCAACGACCAACGCAAAAUUGUUCACCAUGGCGCCAUAUGAAUGUCACGGUACUCUUCACCCUGGCUCUGUCGCUUGCUCCCUCCCCGAGCACAAGCCAUUAAUUGGACUCCAAUCUGACCAUACGGUGAUCAUAUUUCAUCAAUGGUGGCGUCCGGAAGUCGCCUUGAACAGGAUCGGGAAUGGCCGCGUAUGGAGAUGCAGAUGGUACACGCGCAGCUGUGCGCGAGCUUCUCACCACUUACAACGAUCUCAACGGGGCCAGGGUAGAGGAGCUUGAUCAUGAGCCAAGUCCACUCGAAUUUAUGCGUUUCGUUGCCCGCAAUACACCCUUCGUCGUACGACAAGGUGCGGCGUCGUGGAAAUCGCAUCAGAAGUGGACGCCGGACUACUUAAAAGAUAAGUUAGCAGGGCAAAGGGUCAACGUCGCCAUAACCCCACAUGGCAAUGCCGAUGCUCCAACGUUUUCGCCGCGCCAUGAUUCGACUGUCAUUGCCAAGCCCCACGAAGAGGAGCAGGCCUUUGACGAGUUCCUUGACUAUGUCACGACACAAGAGCUUGGCCAAGGAUCGCAGUCGGCCGAAGUGAGGUACGCCCAGACACAAAACGACAAUUUCCGCAAUGAGUACAUCAGUCUCUUCGCGGACGCUCAGAGUGACAUUCCUUUCGCCCGUAUCGCAUUGCAGAAGGAAGCAGAAGCUAUCAACCUGUGGAUAGGUAACUCCUGUUCAGUCACCUGCUUGCACCGCGAUCCCAUGGAGAAUAUCUAUGUGCAGGUUUUGGGUAGAAAACAUUUCAUCUUAUUGCCGCCCCUCUGCCAUCCCUGUGUCAAUGAGAAGAUGAUGCAGCCGGCCACCUACACGCGCACUGGAGGCGUGCUCACGCUGGAGGCGGAUGAGGAAGAAGAGAUGGUACCUUUGGCGACUUGGGACCCUGACAAGGCUGAGGAGGACGCUACUGAGUUCUCGCAUCUGGCCAAGCCGGUGCGUGUCACCCUGGAUCCGGGCGACAUGCUCUAUCUCCCUGCAAUGUGGUAUCACAAGGUCAAGCAAUCAAGCAAUGAGGAGGGCUGCGUAGUGGCUAUGAAUUAUUGGUACGACAUGGAUUACUCAGGGCCAUUCUACCCAUCCACAACCUUUAUCAGAAACUUGGGUGUAUCCGACCAAAACUAGUUAUACAUCCAAUUUCAACGCUUCUUCUUCGAAGCAAUCCUCUUCUGUGCCCUCAACUCCUUCUUCAUCCUCGGGUCAACAAUGCGGUAACGCCCCUUGACACCUUGCGGUCGGCCCUUGACACCACGAUGCACGCCCCUAGCCACGACAAGUUUGGCCGGCGUUGGGGCCUUCUUUUUCGAUGCUUUGCUCAACAGCCUGGAGAUACUGUCUGCCUUCUCCUUUUCUGUCAUUCCUUCAUCCGCCGCAAGCAUGUCAGACUUCUUCUUCAGUUUCUCGAACUUCUGGGC